ACUGUCUGGCUUUGGCCAAUAGGGCGAUAAGGAUCCAGCAGAAUGGGAUGACGGUGAAUCCUGCCAGUGUGCUGUGAAUGUGAAGCAGGAGGGACUGGCAGUUUGCGUGCAGGAGGGAAAGCGAACAGGUCCAGGGCCCCCGGAUUAGCAGCCCAAGGAAAGGAGAAGAACGAAAACAUAACUGAAAAACAAAGUCAUAUUCCUCCAGCAGGAUUUGAAGGAGGAAAGCCUGCCGGCCUGGACAACAACGAAGUUCCCUACAUACACACAGAAGCAUUUCCCCAGGACUGGUGACACUGUUGUUCAGUCUUUCUCUUGCUAAGAGGGCUUCCACACAACUUUACAACAAUGAAUUUCCUCCGGAGACGUCUCUCAGACAGUAGUUUUGUGGCGAAUUUGCCCAAUGGCUACAUGAUGGACUUGCAGCGCCCUGACAACUCCACAAGCUCCCCAGUUUCUCCUGCCAUGGAGAGAAAGCACCCACAGCCACCACAGCCCUCACAGUCUUCCUCUACUGGCACCAGCAUCUUCAGCUCCAUCUCCAGUGCCAUGAAGCAAACCACACAAGCAGCUGCGGGACUCAUUGAUCACUCAACAAGCCCCAGUCCACCUGUGGCUCCAAAACCCAAAAUCCUCCUGGUGAUUGAUGACGCACACACAGAGUGGGCCAAAUAUUUCCAAGGGAAGAAGGUGAAUGGAGAAUUCGAUAUUCGUGUGGAACAGGCUGAGUUCUCUGAGCUGAACCUGGCUGCAUAUGUCACUGGUGGCUGCAUGGUGGACAUGCAGGUCAUGAGGAACGGCACCAAGGUGGUAAGGUCCUUCAAGCCUGAUUUUGUCCUGAUCCGGCAGCAUGCCUACAGCAUGGCACUAGGAGAGGACUUCCGCAGCCUCAUCAUCGGCCUCCAGUAUGGUGGCAUCCACACCGUCAACUCCCUCUACUCUAUCUACAACUUCUGCAGCAAGCCCUGGGUGUUUUCUCAGCUCAUUAAAAUCUUCAACUCGCUGGGUCCUGAGAAAUUCCCCCUCGUGGAGCAAACUUUCUUCCCAAGCCAUAAGCAGAUGGUCACAACUCCGAAUUUCCCGGUAGUGGUCAAGCUGGGACAUGCUCACGCUGGAAUGGGGAAGGUCAAGGUUGAGAACCAGCAUGAUUUCCGGGACAUGGCGAGCAUCGUAGCCAUGGCAAGAACCUACGCCACCUCCGAGCCAUUCAUCGACUCCAAGUAUGACAUCCGAAUCCAGAAAAUUGGCAACAAUUACAAGGCUUACAUGAGGACGUCUAUCUCUGGAAACUGGAAGGCAAACACAGGUUCUGCAAUGCUGGAACAGAUUGCAAUGACAGAGAGGUACAGACUCUGGGCGGACGCCUGCGCGGAAAUGUUUGGAGGUCUCGAUAUUUGUGCUGUCAAAGCUGUCCACAGCAAAGAUGGAAAAGACUAUAUCAUUGAGGUGAUGGACAGCUCGAUGCCCCUGAUUGGUGAGCAUGUGGAAGAGGACAGACAGCUUAUAGCCGAUCUGGUUGUUUCCAAAAUGACUCAGCUUGUCACCACUGCUGGAUCUACCCCAUCACCGCUGAGGCCUUGGCCUCCACAAGUUCAGCCUCAGUCAGUGAAAACUCAGCCUGGACCUCAGCUCGCACAACUGUCUCAGCCACGGCCUCCUCCACAAGGUGGGCCACGCCAACCUCAGGCAUCUCAGCCUCCACGGACAAACGCCCCUCCACAGCAACGGCUCUCUCCUCAAGGACAGCAGCCCCAGAGUCCCAUGUCCACUUCACCUCAGCAGCAAAGGUCACCUGGAUCUCCACAGCAAGUUCGAUCAGCAACUGGGUCCUCUCCAGUCCAGGCUUCCAAGGCAGGCGUCUUCCCACCACAGCAGCCCAGACCCCCUGCUCAAGGCCGGGCUCCUAGCCAGCCAAGCCCCACUGAAACGUCCAAGCAGCAAGCCAACCCACACCCGCAUCUGAACAAAUCGCAGUCCCUGACAAACACCUUCAGCAUAUCUGAAUCAUCUCAGCGGGGAAACCCCAACGAAGAUGAAGCAAAAGCUGAGACCAUCCGCAACCUGAGGAAAUCAUUUGCUAGCCUGUUUUCUGAUUAACAGCCCUGCAGCUGGAUCUGUGCUUUGCUCAGCCUUCACUCUUCAUAUACCCAAUGUCAUCCUGGAAUAUACUCAGUGGCACCCAGCAAUUACAGCUAAUACCUGGGUAAAAGGAAUUUAGAAAACAACAGUUGUUUUAAUACAAAGAAAAUAUUCUAAUAACGGCCUGAAAAGUGACUGUAUAAAAGUGGCACUAUUUCAUUUGUUUUUCGUGCAUAAUCAGAAUCAUGUAUGUUCAAAUGACUGAGUUGUAAAUCAAAUUUUACUCCUGCUAACCCGUGUGUAGUCAACAGUUAUUACAGUGCAAACUAGAUUUUAUUUCGGUUUGUAUGUAGUCCAUACAAUUGCUAACUUCCAAUUACAGAAUCCUUGUUGAAGCUAAGAUAAAAGAAAACAGAAAUCUGCUUAUUUCAGAAGCAGAUGUGCAAACGGAGGCACAUAUUCAUUGACUGAUGAAGUGAGCAUGCCUGAGCAUGGAAACACAGUGAACUGUGGAACUUCAUAUUACCAACUUUACUAAAAGUCACUUUUCAGAGUAAAAUUACACAUUCAAGUUAAAUACAGUACCAGGCAUCAGUAAACACCGAAGAUCACAUGAGCAGGUCAUCCAGAUGAACUGCUGGUUUGUUCCAGAUCACUCUGCUCAUAGCAGUUAAAACGUCUGUUUCAUGCCUUGCAUUUAAGUCCCCAGCACAUGAUUCCUGAGUUCUGAGAGAAAAACGUCACGUUCUAACCCUGUAGCCUUAGCUCAAAAAUAACCUGAGAAGUGGGCCUUCCACAAGAAAAAAGGGGGGAAGAAAACUUCUUUCCCUGUCCCCAGAAACACUAGGGAGUUCAUAUCCACAGUUCACACAAAUUUCAGACAAAAGCCAGCUACACUCCAAGCACUUAGGUGACUUGGUCACAUCUGGCUAAGGAUGUCCCCCAGGAACAUGGUUAAUUAAUAGCAGAGCUGAUGAAGUGCACAUACUUGUGUGCUGAGUGUUCCAUAAUACAGAUCGGACAGAGAGAUGGAGUGAAAUCCUGUCUUGCUCCUCGAACUCCCAUUGACUGGGGUGAGUGCACAAUGAAUCAAGGUGACAGACCUGCAAUAGAACAGGAAAACUGUCAUUUCAAAAUAAGAUGAGCUGGGCUCCAUCCAGAGACACCAAGCAAUGGGAAGGCACGUAUGCAAUUGCCCCAAGCAGGUAACAAUCUUCCAGAGAAGACAGAGAAAGAGAUCUCUGCUGGCUGUGGUUUCCCUCAAGUUUUGUCAAGUACUUGAGUCACAAAUCAUGCAUACAGCUUGAAGGCCAGACUUCUGGCUCUACGCUUUCCUUUGCAACUUCACAUCAGUUGCUCUUAGGCAUACCAAGGGAGGAAGGGAGGUCAGUAAGCUAAAAACGUUGGAGCGAAUGGCACAGAUUUUUGCUGUCACUUGAAGAGAGAGAUCCUCAAAUCAGCAAAACCAACAGCAAUAGUUGCCAUUUUGGAUCUCAUGAUUCACUGGUGGGAACGAAGCCAAACAAACUAUUCCUGCACAGCACCUGUAAUGAACAUCUAGAUCCAACGCAGUCACCUGGACCUCGCAUGACCAACCCCUGAGCAGGCCUGCACACAUAUAAUAGCUUUUGUGACCUGUGCACUUUCAGGCAAGUAACUGCAUAGCUUUUCCAGCUUGGGAGGCUCUCGAGAGACUCAUCUGGACCAAUGAUUUAUACCUCACAUUUCGAAUUAAAGAAUCACCCUAUCCCCUAA